GCACUUCUUCGUUUCUGGUAAUAAUUAAAAAAUAAUGAAAUACCCAAACUAGACUAACAAUUUAAAAAAUAAAAAAAAAAUGUGGGAAGAAAUCAUGCGAAGGCUUCACACGUGGGGUACAUUAGUACAUUUCAUUACACCUGCAAUGGAAAAAGAAUGGAGAAAUUUGGGGUAUAGGAGCUAACCUAAACUGAGGGGCGUACAGCGCACCUACUUGCAGCAUAACCAUAUGUAGACGGAAAGACGUGGAAAUUUAAAACGGCAGGGGAUGCGUAGAGAGAGACAGAGAGAGAGACUGGGACUGAGUCGGGUGACCCAGACAAGGCUAGUCCAAUAAAUCACAGGCUGUGUUCGUGUGUGUGUGGGUGUGGGUGUGGGUGUGGGUGUGGAAUAAGAAGCAAAAUGGAGAAGAGCGCUGGUAUCGUUUACCACUAUACACACAGUGACCCCCAAAACUCUAAUCCAAACCCAACUUCACCUUUCUCUCUCCCUAUACACACCUGCCCAUUCUCCUCUUCAAUUAUAUCUUUUCUGUCUCUCCUCUUUCUCUCUUCUGAAGACCAUUACAUCCAUCAAAAGGUUUCUGAAUUCCAUUCCAUCAACAAGGUUCUGUUCUGGAUAGGUCUAUUUAAGCUCCUUUGGAGGACUUGGUUUCUAUAUAUGUGGGAUGAUCGAUGAAUUUGUGCGUUUAGGUGCUUCCAAACUUGCGGAAUCCGGUGGAUUUUUUGACCUGCGCGCAUCUCAAUGUCUGGUUAGUUCUACCCUUGAAGGAAUUGGGCUUUAAAAUUCUUUCAGCGAUGGAGGAUUUUGGCAGUCCCCGGUUUGAAGGUAAUGGAAUAACUAUAAGAAAGAAGAGAAGCCAAACUUCCCGCCGACCUAGACCUGAGUCACAGCCGUUACCAGAAAGUCAUGAUCAUUCCCCCUUAUCAUCAACACCACCUUCGGAUGAUGUGAGCAAAGUCUCCAGUGAUGAGAAUACUGAUUUUGAUACUAAUCAUGGGAAGAAAGAGUUUAAUCUUAAUCAUUGUGCUUUGAGAGUUUCUUCAACUAGCAGAGCUGAAGGGGAAUAUCCCCAUAAAAAGAUCAAGAAAGAGGAUGGUGAAUCCAGUUUGUUAUAUGCUAAUGGAGGUCCGGGAGACCACACUGAGCAGGAGCGGAAUGGGUUGAAUCACAAAUGCUGCAGUGAGGUUGUCCUUGCUCCUUCUAUCUGGAAAGGCAUGGACAAGUUCAAGGGAUGCUCAGAAUUGCAGUCUAGAAGUGCAGACAUUGGCGGAAGGAAUGAUGAAAGUCACAGUUCAGGGCAUUUGGAAGUGAUCGGGAAUCAAGUAGGAAAUGAGAACAAGGUUAAAAAGGUUAAUCUUAAGGUCGGUGAUGUCACUUGUACGAUGCAAACCAAAUUCAACUCCCAUGGAUUGUUUAGCAGUGGGACUGCUAAAAAGACUACUCAGUCUUCAGAUGCCCCUCGUCCACGGCCCAAGCUAAUGCUCCAGGACAAUUCCGAUCAUAAUUGUUCUCGUUCUUUAGAUAAGAAGAGUGGUUUGCGAGGAAUCCCAUGUAAGGAUUUCUCGAGACACAGUUUUAGUCUUGGGAAGGUGGAAUCUUCGAUGCGUAAGAUGUCUGGAAAGAACAACUCUGGAAAUCAAGGGGAGAACUUGGAGCCAGUUCGUAAGAGCAAAAGGGUGCCAAAGAGGCGUGCACUGGUUGGGGCAUUAGAUGAAGAUGAUGACGAUGAUGAGAUCGAAUACCUAGAGAAAUUCAGAACUUCAAAGAUCACUGCAGUAUAUAAAGAUACUGAGGGAGAAUCAAGCAAGAAACAGCGAAAACUCUCUAGGAUUUCUAAGAGUGACAAGAAUGACGACAAUUUGGAAGAUUUUGGCUCUUCAAGGCCAAGUAAAGAUGGUACAAAGAAGUCCACAUCAGAAAGACUGUCCGGAGACAUGGAUUAUGGUGAGGAGGAAGAUCUGAUGUCUGAUUGUGAGGCAGAAGAUAAGAAGAAGAAGAAGAAAUUGAAGAAUAACUCUGUUGAUUCAUUAACGGAAAGUAAGAGGGAAACAACCCUCACAACGCGACAACGAGCUCUUUUAUCUGUAAAAGAUGCCCUGUCUGCAUCUGUUGAGUUCCCUAAUGGAUUACCCCCAGUUCCACCUCGAAAGCAAAAGGAGAAACUUUCAGAAGUGGAGCAACAACUGAAGAAAGCCGAGGCUGCUCAGAGACGUAGACUACAAGUUGAAAAGGCGGCUCGGGAAUCAGAGGCCGAGGCAAUUAGGAAAAUACUUGGUCAAGAUUCCAGUAGGAGGAAGCGAGAAUCUAAGAUAAAGAAGCGCCAGGAAGAAUUAGCACAGGAGAAGGCUGGCAAUGAGAUGAUGCUUGCAUCAAACACCAUUAGAUUGGUCAUGGGUCCUAAUGGGACUGUUGUUUCAUUCCCAAAGGAUAUGGGUUUGCCUAGUAUCUUUGACUCCAAACCUUGCAGUUACCCUCCUCCUCGUGAAAAAUGUGCUAGCCCAUCUUGUAUUAACCUGUACAAAUAUCGAGAUUCAGAGUCGAAGCUUCCUCUUUGUAGUCUCCGGUGCUACAAGGCAAUUCAUGAAAAGAUGCAGGCUGAAGCUGCCCACUAAUGUUGCUGGCACUCUUGGGCAUGCAGGGUUUUAUGAACGUUAAUGUUAAUAUAGCUUGGUUAGUGAGUAGUGAAGAAACGUUUAUAUCACUAUAAUCCAGAGAGAUCUACAAAAAAUGGGAUUGUUCACGUGCUGUAUGCACAGCAGGAACUAUCCAUAUUUUGAAAUUCUGUUAUUCAGUGGUAGAUGAUUUGCUAUGCUUCUUAUUUUCUGGGUUCCGGGACAGUGCAGGGAUGUCAGUCAUGGUUGUUAUGUAGAAAGCUUGUAAUUGUGCCGGUAGCUCUGCUCAGCCAUUCAUUCCACGGCAUCCGUGACAGUAUUGUGGAAAUCAAAUUUGUGUGUGUAAUUGAUUGAAACCCCCUCCCCUUUAUUAUUGUUAGGUUUAAAUGGUUAUGGUACAUCCUAGGCUUUUAUCUGUAUGCAUAUCUUUCAGUAAUAAUAUACCUUCGAGUGCAGCAUCAAAGUUUCAUAAAGCAUGCUCUUCUAAGCUUCGGGCUUCUGUAUUCAUGGUUAUGGUACUUGUUGGUUUCUUACAGUGAAGAAGUGUGAAUCAUGAAUGAUAGUUGGGUGCAGUGUGGAAUAAGUUGUGUUGGUAAGGUUUUUGAACUAUGAUGACAUGUUUGAGGCAGCUAUUAUGGCAGGAAGUUAAGUAACUAAAUAAUUGUUGUGGGUUUCCUAAGAAAGGGCCAUUUUCAAGCUUCUAGGUGUUUGUUGAUGAGGUGAGAAUGGGUGAAUGUAGAUCAGAAAUGUUACUUGAGUUGAUGGAUUGGCCGUAUAGCAU